AUGUUGGAAUUUUCUGAGGGGAUGUUCCUAGUUCUGCUUGUCAUUCUGUUCAUCCUUGGAAAUCUAGGGAACGGGUUUCUCGGAUUGGUCAUUGGUAGCAGCUGGUUCAAGAGCAAGAAAAUCUCCUUGUAUGACUUCAUCAUCACCAACCUGGCCAUCUCCAGGAUCGUUCUGUUGUGGAUUAUCUUUGUUGAUGGUUUUUUAAUGUUAUUCUCUUAUGAAACUCGACAUUCAAGGACAGUAACGAUAAUUAUUGAUAUUACUUGGACAUUCACAAGCCAACUGUCUGUUUGGCUUGCUACCUGUCUUGGUGUUCUCUACUGCCUGAAAAUUGUCAACUUCUCUCACCCCACAUUCCUCUGGCUUAAGUGGAGAGUUUCCAGAGUGGUUGUAUGGAUUUUAUUGGGUGCACUGCUCUUAUCCUGUGCAAGUACUAUCUCUCUCAUCAAUGAAUUUAAGAUCUAUAAUGUCCUCAGUGGAAUUGGUACCACAGGGAAUGAAACUGAACACUUCAAAGAGAAACAAAGUGAAUAUGAUCUACUUCAUGUCCUUGGGAAUCUGUGGCACCUCCCUCCCUUCGUUGUCUCUCUGGUCUCUUUAUUUCUGCUCCUUCUUUCUCUGGGGAGGCACAGGUGGAAGAUGCAGCAAAAUGGUAUCAGCUCCAGAGACCAAAGCACAAAGGCCCACAAGAGAGCUAUCAUCAUCCUCAUCUCCUUCCUCUUAGUCCUCAUGCUUUUCUUAGUUUCCUUUAUAAUUUUUUCGUUGAGUCGUUUCCUACCAGAUGCUAAGUUGGCUGUCAUGGUUGGUGAAGUCAUUACAAUGUUGUACCCUACUCUCCAUUCAUUUAUUCUCAUUCUGGGGAACCACAAGCUGAAGCAGACUCUUGUGGCAAUGCUCCCAUGUGAGUUUGGUUGUCUAAAGCCAGGAUCUAAAGAACAUGUUUCCCCAUAG